GGCGAUGGACGCGUGCGCAGCGGCUGCGUUGCUCGUCUCGGCGGCCGUCUUGGCGACAGCACAGCUGGGUCGUGCAGACGAGCCGCCCGAACUGGAGUUCGACUACCGCGCGGUUCAGCUGGGAGAAUACUCCGCAGUCACAGCCCCGACGUACCGAAGCGAGUCCCGGACCGCGGCUGCAGCUGAAACGGCAACGUCCGCUUUGUGGGAGUCGACACCGUCUUCCGAAUUUGGCUCGAACGAGACCGACGCCGACGCCGACGAGACUGUCAAACGCUUUCUGGCAAUAAACGCCAGAGCGUCGGUAGAUGCCGAGUUCCAGAGGCGAGAAGUUCAGGUGCUGACGUGCUGUUUCGCCGAGGGCGAGGAGGCGUGUGACGUGGAGUGCCUGGAGCACUUCGUGGCGAGUGUGCACGGGGGCGGCGGCGCGAGCAACCGGACGACGGCGGUGCGGCUGUGCAGCGCGCUGUACGGCCUGCUGGAGUGCCACGGCGACCCCCGGAGCGCCCACUGCUCGCAGUACUGCCGCUGCUUCAGCGCCGACCCCUGGGCGGACGCCGCCUGGGGCGCCGCGUCGGCGCUCUUCUUCGUCUGCACGCUGCUCACGCUGGCCGUGUACCUGUGCGUGCCGCGGCUGCGCAACCUGCACGGCAAGUGCCUCGCCUCCUACCUGGUGGCGGUGCUGGCCGGCGAGGCCGUCGCCACGGUGGCCAGCGCGCUGGUCUGCGGCGACCCCGACCCCCUGGUGCUCGCCGCCGUCCACUACCUCACUCUGGCGCGCUACUGCUGGGUCAACCUGCUGUGCGUCGACGUGUACUGCAGGUGCCGGCCGUUCCGCUCGGUGCGCCAGCAGCGUCGCGCCGGCUGCCUGUCCCCGGAGCGGCGCAGGUUCCUGUGCUUCUCGGCGGCCGCCUGGGGCGGCUCGGCGCUCGUCUUCGGCGCGCUCUGGGUCUUCCAGGUGGAGGCCACGCCCGUCAUCUACACCGGCAUCGUCUUCCUGCUGCUCGCCGCCAGCUGCGUUCCGCUCCUACUGACGCUGGCCAGGAUCUGGAGGACCAAGAGGCAGACCAGGAAGAGCUGCGUCAACAUUUCCAAGAUGAGACUCAACUGGUUCUACCUGACGUCGAAGCUGCUCUGCCUGAGUGGCGCCUGGAAGCUGCUGUCGGUGGUGCUGUACUUCACGGUGCGCGGCAAGCCCUACUACAAGUGGCUCUUUGUCGUGCUGAAGCUGGAAGGUCCAAUCGUGUUCUUCCUCUUUGUGUGCAACGUCAGAGUCAGGGGCCUAAUACGCAAGCAUCUUACGAACCUGGAAUGGAUAAACGGAGAAAAAAGCAACGAGAACUGUAGUAAAUACAGCUGAGUGAGGUGCUAUAGUUGCGUGCCUGAACAAUGCAAAGUGACAAGUGAGUCAAUUCCUAUGAACUUUACAUAUCAUUGUGGAUAAUUGCAAAUUUUAGUAGAAGUGGAAAAUAUUUCUUUCUUUUUUUGAAAAAUAUGUAAAAAUCUGCCAACCGGUUGCAUAGGUUUUCUAUAUACCUUGACCAGGUUUCGUCAGCUCUAAGGGUGACUUCAUCAUAAGGUAAUGUAAUUACAUGAAGAACAUAUCGUCAAAGACGUACAGUGAUUUGAGAGCUGAGUUGCUCAAGUCAUACACUAAAAUAUAAGACAUAAUGUUCUUCAAAGAGUCAAACAUUAAAACGUAAGUAACACUGGCGUGGUUCAAAAUGGCUCUGAGCACUAUGGGACUUAACAGCUAUGGUCAUCAGUCCCCUAGAACUGAGAACUACUUAAACCUAACUAACCUAAGGACAGCACACAACACCCAGUCAUCACGAGGCAGAGAAAAUACCUGACCCCAUCGGGAAUCGAACCCGGGAACCCUGGCAACUGGCGUGGUGUCAGGAGACUGACUGUCUCCUCACACCACGCCGGUGUUACUUAUGUUUUAAUGUUUGACUUUUUGAACGACAUUAUCUGUUAUAUUUCAAUGUCUCCUCACACCACGCCGGUGUUAUUUAUGUUCUAAUGUUUAACUUCUUGAAGAGCAUUAUGUCUUAUAUUUUAAUGUAUGACUUGAGCAACUCAGUUCUUAAAUCACUGUACGUCUUUGACGAUAUGUUCUUCAUGUAAUAACCUUACCUUCUGAUGAAGUCACCCUUAUAGGUGACGAAACCUGGUCAAGGUAUAUAGAAAACCUAUGCAACCGGUUGGUAGAUUUUUACAUAUUUUUCAAAUUUGUGUUACUGUUGCUGCAGACGUCAGCGAUGUUCAAAGUUGUACAUUUCUUUCUG